UGAAGAGGUUCUACUGCUAAUGUUUUAGCUCCACUGAGAAAUAAAGGAGUAUAAAAGAACCUCAGACCAAAGCAGUGACCUGAUAAAGAUUAACUAAGGUCUGCAGCAGUGUGCUCAGAUGCCAUUUGCACCUCUGUGGAGCCUGCUGGAGGGAAAGCUGAAGGAAAGCCGACAGAUCCCGCUUAACUAUUUGACACCAUCAUAGGAGGAGUUAACGCGCCACGAAGAGUGUAGUUAAUCUUCUCCCCACUCAGUUUCAAUGUGCUGCCCAACACGCCUCUCAACCUGACAGCAGCUCCCUUUCCCCAAAAGGAGCAAUACUUCCCUCUGGAAAUGAAACUAUCAGCUGUGUCCAAGAAACUGUGGUGCGUCCACAAACAACUGAUUCUUCUGCUCACUCCACUCCUGCUUCUGCCUUUACUGUUUACCCUCCCGGAGAAGGAGGGAAAAUGUCUUUAUGUGGUGGUGCUGAUGGCUGUGUUCUGGUGCACAGACGCCCUUCCUCUGGCUGUCACCGCGAUGCUUCCAGUUUGCCUCUUCCCAACACUGGGAAUUCUUCCAUCCAAACAAAUAUGCCCUCAAUACUUCCUCGAAACCAAUUUUCUCUUCCUCAGUGGUCUUAUCAUGGCGUCAUCUGUCGAGGAGUGUGGCCUGCAUCACAGGAUAGCCCUGAAGGUCCUUACCAUUGUUGGAGUGAAACCAGCCUGGCUCAUACUGGGAAUGAUGAUGACCUCGUCCUUCCUGUCCAUGUGGCUCAGCAACACCGCCACCACAGCCAUGAUGCUACCCAUUGCUAAUGCCAUCCUGGAGAAUCUGUUUGGAGACCUGGAGACCCUGAAACAAAAGAGCAAGUUCGCAGAGGACCCAGACAGUGAUAUAAUAAUCGAUCAGCUUACUCUAAAGCUGCAUUCAGUGCCCUCGGAAAAACAAAUACUAUCUGAAGGACAGAUGGAUGAAACAGAGCAGACUGAGGUGAGGACCAUGGAGGAGAUCCAAUCAGAGUCGAAGAUUCAGCUGAAGGUCUGGAAAGGCUUUUUGAUCUGUAUUCCUUACGCAGCCAGCAUUGGAGGGACUGCCACGCUGACCGGCACUGCACCCAACCUCAUCCUGAUUGGACAGUUGAAAAGCCACUUUCCAGACUGCGAUCUUAUCAACUUUGGCUCUUGGUUUGCAUUCUCCUUCCCACUCAUGCUUCUUUUCCUGUUUUUGGCAUGGCUAUGGAUCGCGUUUCUCUACGGGGGACUGAACACACGACUGUGCUUCAAGAAAGACGAGCAAAGAUCCCAGGCAGAGGCCAGAGCCAAGGCUCUAAUAGUGGAAGAUUACAGAAAACUAGGGCCCAUAAAGUUUGCAGAGGGAGCCGUCUCUUUCUUUUUUAUAUUGUUUGCUGUUCUCCUAUUUACAAGAGACCCCAAAUUUGUCCCUGGCUGGUCUGUGUUAUUUAAAAAAGGGUACGUCUCAGAUGCAGUUACUGGUGUGAUCAUUGUGUCUAUAUUAUUCUUCUUCCCCUCGCAGAAGCCUUCCCUGAGGUGGUGGUUAGACCCUCAAGCUUCAAACACUCCUUAUGUCCCGCUCCUAUCAUGGAAGAAAGCCCAGGAGACUGUUCCCUGGAAUAUUAUGCUUUUGCUUGGAGGCGGCUUCGCUAUGGCCAAAGCUUGUGAGGAGUCUGGACUUGCCUCCUGGAUCGGAGGCCACCUCCAACCUUUGGCCAAGGUCCCUCCUGCUGCAGCUGUGAUAUUGAUCACUGCUUUCCUGGCCUGUUUCACUGAGUUGGCCAGCAACACUGCCACAAUUAUAAUAUUUUUACCUGUCAUUACUGAACUGGCUAUUCAUGCCUCAGUGAACCCUUUGUAUUUCAUGAUACCUGCCACAAUAGGAUGUUCAUAUGCCUUCAUGCUGCCAGUGUCCACGCCACCCAACUCCAUCGCCUUUGCGUCUGGGCAUCUCAUGGUCAAAGACAUGGUGAAGACCGGCUUUGUGAUGAACAUCCUGGGUGUCCUCUCAGUCUCUCUGGCCAUGAACACAUGGGGUGUUGCCAUGUUUAACUUGGACACGUUUCCAGACUGGGCUCACCCCCUUAACAAGUCUGCUGUUAUUGAUGAUGUGCAUUUCUCAUCUGUCCAGUCGCUCAAUGCUACUGUCUGAUGACUCCCCCGGUCUCAGAAUGAGCAGAGAGGAAAUAUCAGAGGAUUGUAUAGAGAUGUAACACUAAACAGGGACAACUGUUUGCCUGUAGAUGUCCACACUGUCACUAAAAUGUCAGAACCUCCUGGGAGCUUCAGCUGUUACCUGUUAUGAUACUUUAUUACACACAGACCAGAAAAAGUAACCGAACCCUGGAAUUAUUUGCAUUUAUGUGUAAAUUUGUCUUAAAGUAUGAACAGAUCUUCAUUUAAACAAAGAAACACAAACUUUUUCAUUACCCAAGUCAUUGUAUUACUCUCGCUCAAACUGAAUUCACCAUUCAAACGUUCACAGUGUGAAAAAUCAUGUGAAGCCCUCGGCUCAUGACAUCAACAAAAGCGAACUGGUGACAGGUGUUAUCAACCCUGGAGUCCAAUCAGUGAAACCAGAGCAGAGGUCUGGGUUAGAGCCACUCUGGCUUACAAAGACACUGAAUACCAUCUGCUGAUGUGAACCCUGCCUCGCUAAAAGCUGAUCUCAGAAGACCUCUGAUCAGUAAGUGUUGAUUUGCAUGAAGCUGGAAAGGGUUACAAAGUUAAUCUCAAAGAGUUUAGAUACUCAUCAGGUCGCAGUUUGACAAUCUUUAGCUCUGUGGCUAAUCUCCAUAGACGUGGGCGCCCAGACUCCAGAAGCACAGCUCGUAAUCAUCAGUGAGGCGAAAAAGAAGCCCAGAGUAACAGAUAAAGACAGCAGGAUAAAACAGAACCACUGGAGCUGGUUAACAUCUCUGUCCAUGAGUCUACCACACCAUGGAGCAUGGUGCCCAUGGCAGAAGAGGAAGCUGCAGACCUGAAGUUUGCCAAAGAGCAUCUUGACUCUCCACAAUACUACUGGGAAAAUGUGUUGUGAACUGAUGACACUAAGGUCGAACUGUUUGAGAUGAACAGGCAGCACUACACAUGGUGUAUAAAGGGCAUUGCAUGCCAACAUGAAGACAUCAUCCCAACAGUGAAGUACAGUGGAGGGAGCAUCAUGGUGCGGGGCUGCUUUUCUGCCUCUGAGUGUGGACAAGGGGAAAACAAAUUCUCAAUGCAGCAGAACAAUGACUCUCAACACUGAAAUCUAACACUCAACACUGUAAAUCUACAGUUCUCUGAGUUCAAACAAAGAAAAUCCACCUUUUGCCCAGUGGGAGCCCAGACCUCAGCCAACAGAGAUGCUGUGGAACGAGCUCAGGGUGUGCUCGCCCCGGACGUCCUGAGAAUAUGUCUGAGCUGAAGCAGCUCUGUGAGAAGACUGGUGCAGACUUCGUCCUGGACGUCGUGCAGCUCUGAGCCACAGCUCCAGGACGUCAAUGCUGCCAGAGGACCUUCGACCAGUUAUUAAACCCAAGGGUUCACUUAGUUUUUCCACCAGCACUGAGAAUGUUUAAUGGCUGUGUUUAAUAAAAGCACAAAAGAUUAGAACAGUCUGUGUUAUAAGCUGUGUUUGUCUUGUGACAUGGAUGAAAAUCCGAUCUCAUUAUAUCGCAUUAAUGCAGAAAACCAGGUCAUUCAAAAGGGUUCACUUUUUCAUGCCACUGUUUUCAAGUGUCUUUUUAGGAUCAAGUGUCAGUAUAUCAUGCUGUGAACUGUUAGUUCUGGUACACUACUAUUUUUAAGUUAAAAAUAAUGCACCAAGUUAACAAGCUGCAUUAUUUUACUGUGUAUCUUCUUCAGUCAGACUGAAUGGAACAAUGCUAUACGUUGACUUCUGCUGGGAAAUGAGAGGCCUCUGGGAUUCAUUUUAAUACAAAUAAAUGAAUGUUAUAUAUUUUUGGUUAAAAUCACUAAGAGGUUGUGUUACUUAUUUGUGCAUUUUAUGACAAAAUGACCAAAGCCAUAAAAUUGUUUCUACUUUACAGAACAAAUCCUAACUAAUCAAUGUGUACAUUUUGUUAUGAAGCGAUUUGCAUUCAUAGAAGUUCUGCUACAAAUAAAAAGAGUCUGUACUAUGAUCAUUUAUUUGUACAUAGUUUGCCUGUAGUGAGUGCACAUAGCAGCUUUGUUGCUAAGAGAAGGGGUGUUUUCUUGUGUUUUGCUGUGUAAUAGAAACUGACACUCCUCAGGUUUUGAUGCGCCGUGUUUAACCACUGUGGCCUCUGCACACACAAAGAGAGACAGAGGGACAGAGGCACACAGUUAUAAAUUGAUUUGCUGUGUUUGUUUUGUGUCUAAAGUCACAAAACCUGAUGACAGCGGUUAACUGUGGCGGUUACUCGGGUCAUUGCAAAAGACUCAGCGUCGAAUGUUAAACUAUAAAACGCAUCUAAAACUGAUGCAGCAGAACAGGAUGCACCCAGCUCUCACUAACAACCUUUUCCACAGACUUGUACCAAAGCUGAUUUCUAACUUUGCUUUUUUGUGAAUCCAGUAAUUAACAAUUUUGUAUUGAUCACAACUGAAACUAUAACUCAGCCACAUUAAAAUCCUUUUUCUCACUGGUGACAAAAUAUUUCAAACACAUCCCAAUAUGUUUUCAUCACUGUACAAGACUAAUAAAGACCCCAUGUGUUUGUGUGAGUUGGGGACAGAUUGGCUUAUACAGUGUCUUGUUGGUCUAACUCUUCUGGCAUCACUAGAUGUAGGUGCACAGCUGUGCAGUGAGCUGAACACACCUCCAAUAAAAGUUAAAGACAGCAGAAUAUCACUAAGU